AUGGAUGACAUGGACGAGUAUUUGUCUGCCCCGGCCGGAGCCAGCAACAAGGCAGGCAGCCCUAACAUGGCGCCACUAUCACCUUCCUCCCCAGUGGGCUCUGAGCGCUCAGAACGAUCCACUCUGGACAGGAUUGGGGAGGACCUUCAUAACAUGGCAUCCACGAAGCAGGAUCUGCAGAAACUUACCUCCAUGAUUCACGAAUUGAUCAAUUCAGAGAUGGCACACCUAAGAGCUGAGGUGACCACGCAGGAUGGCCGCUUGCAGACCCUGGAGGCAUCCACGGCAGAGCUAACAUCCCGCUCCACAGCAACAGACAUAGUAGUGGCAAGGUAGGGAACGAUGCUGCUAGCAAUGCGACGCCACAAAGAAAAUAGAGGGCGCCGCUGCAACAUCAGAGUCCGCGGCAUUCCUGAGCCGGAGGGGCAGGAAGAUGUGAAGGAAAUACUUUCUGGCCUGUUCUGUUCUAUCCUGCGCGAGGAAGCACCGGCUCAGUUUGAAUUUGAGAGACCCCCCCCGAGCGCUGAGACCCAGGACUCCCGCAGAUCCACUGAGAGACCUAAUCUGCUGUAUGCACUCCUUCCCAGUCAAGGACGCAAUUAUGAAGAAGGCCUGAGAUACCCCUCAGUUCCUGCAUGCCCAAGUCACAAUGAUGCGCACUCGAUGCAACGACCACCCCACUGCAGGAUGGGGCAAGACCAUGGGUGCACAAGCAUCCAACUCCUGGGAGAGACUCCCUACAUAUUAGACAUAGUCUUCUCAUUCCUCAUUUUUAAACUACAUAUUUACUUAUCAAUUUUUCUUUUUUAUUAUUAUUAUUUUAAAAAAAUACAAAAAUUUGGAGUGGGGGAGGAGCUACCUGAAUCUACUGUAUAUUAUCUUGUCUUCCCCACCUGAUGACAUUGUCCCCCAAACAGCUAGUGCACACCCUACCCAGGUCUGCAAAUCCCAUAAAAAACGCAUUGGGUAUAAUUGUAUUGUGGCAUUCGGUGGGAAGAUAUAACUAGCUGUUGUGAGCCGGAGGUGACCUGAGGCAGAUAGGCAUGGUGCAGAUCAUGUGCUGUCUCAUGCCUAUAUCCUUUUCUGUAUUGCAGUACUACUGCUCCACACACAUCACUGAUAGAUUUUAUAUACCACAACAGAUCCAUAGGGGGAGGCUGGCGGAUAUAGGCGACUGAGGUCAUUCAUUCCUAAAACUCACCCCAAGGGAGAGCCUUAGACGGGGAGGAGGGAGGGAGGUGAGGGCAGGUGAGAGGCAUAUCUGCAAAAUUACCGACUAUGUCAUACUCUGGGACUACAUAAGGGGAUGAAAGGGGAGGUGGAUGUGGGACUGCCUUUGGGAGGAAUGGAUAGAGUAGGGGUUCUUUAUUCGUACCCAUUUCUGCUUUUUUUUUAAUAUAUAUAUUUACAUGUAUUUGUGGUAAUUUCCGCUUCUCUUUUAAGUUUUAAGGGGCAACCUCGAUGGAGCAGGAGUGAUGAGUCAUUCCAAUAUGGCGGACUGUCUGGUGGGAUCUCGAGCCACGCUCCCCAUAGAGCUUGUGUGUGCGCUACUGGUGGUAGGGUGUUGGAAGUCACCGAAAACAGGUCUGGUUACCUAGGAGGGACACUUACAGCCCUCGCCAACACAUGGGUCCCCUCUGAUUUCUUAGGUGUGUACAUUCCCAACACACUACUUCUCUUUCUUCUGCUUUCUGUCUCAAGCUUCCCUGUUUGCCUCCGGUUCUAAGUAAGGGGCCGGGUGUGAAUGAGGGACCACUUCCCCAUUCUUCCCAUUUUCCCCUCAACAAUCAAUUCUUAACUCCCCCCUUUUUUUCUUCUUCUCUCUUCCUCCUCUUUCUCACCCCAUAACCCUCCCUGGCCCGUUUCUCGGUCUUACUAGUAUGUCACGAUGGUGCGCUGUCAUGUCCACAUGGCGACGUCAUGCGUGAUGUAAUAAUCCGUCGGGUGCAUAUGAAUGGUGUCUAAAGUUGCCAUCUGAGUCUAAAGCUGCCAUCUUAAAUAGUCCUAAAUUGUAUAUAUAAAUAGUACUUUGCCCACAAUGUAGUCCAUCAAUAAACGAUCUAGAUAUAAAGUUAUAUACAUACAUCACAUCCAUAAUUUUAUUAAAAUGACUUAUAUAUAAGGAAAAGCAGAAAAAAGAUUGGUAAGGAGACAUAGAAUAAUAUAUUAAAAACUAUAUAUGAAUAAAUAAACAAUUCCAAAAUAAUAAAAAUAUAAAUACUAGAUAGCCAUAAGUGAUUGACAAAACUUGAUAAAAUUAAAUUCAAACCAAAGCACUCAUUUCAAAAUCCAUAUUUAAGGUAUCUAAAUCAAAAAUCCAUUUCAUUUGACAUUUACUUACGGUGGUUUCCAAGUUACCAGCUCUCCAGUGUUUUUGUAUUAAUUGUUUACCAUAAAAUUGGAUUCCACUGGGAUCUUUAUCGUGAUAAUUUAGGAAGUGUAGAGAAACGUUAUGGUUUUGAUGACCCAUUUUAAUGUUGUAUAUGUGCUUGUGUAUCCUAGUCCCCAAACAUCUGGAAGUUUCCCCCCCAUACUGGAGACCACAAUGACCCACACAACACUUUUAGAGUUACAGGAUAUAAAUUAAUUAAUUUAAAAUUUUCUAAAAUUAGUUUUGGAACAGAAAGUGAUUUACAGCCCAUACAGUUACCACAAUAGUGCAACCCCAUUUGUAAAUUUUUAUAUGAACUAAUAAAAUCUUUAUUAUUUUGGUCAAUAAAACUAGAAGUUAUUUUGGGCUCUUCUAAAGAUUAUUUUAGGAUUAUUGCCUAAAUAGGGUGCAAUCUCACUAUCCUGUUGUAGGAUAUGCCAAUUCUUCCUCAAAAUGUUUUUCAAUUGUUUGUGGUUUGUGUGGAAAUGAAAAAUAAAGGGAAUAGAUUCUUGGGUGUUAUUCAACUUUUUUGGUUUAUAUGUCAAUAUUGCAUCUCUUUUGCAUUCUCUAACAUUCUUAAUUUCUUUAUCUACAAUGUCGGAAGAAUGACCCCUAUUUAAAAAUAGUUUUUUCAAUAAAUUGGCUCGAGAGUCGUAUUUAGAUAUAUCUGAACAGUUGCAUCUUAGUGGCAAAAAUUGACCCCCUGGGCACAUUUUCUAACCAGGGGAGAAAAUGGCAACUGUCUUUCUGAAUAAAACUGUUUACAUCCACUUUCUUUAAAAAAGUGCAUGUUUUAAUAAGAUUCUCCUCUAUUUAGAUUUUAAGAUCUAAAAAAAUUAUGCUGACAUCACUAAUUUCAUAAGACAAUGUAAUGUUCCAAUCAUUACUAUUAAGAAAGUCUAAAAACUCUAAAACAGGUGCCCUAGAGCCACGCCAAAUGAAAAAAAUUUAAUCUGUAUAUCUUCGGUAGAGGACUAGGUUCUGUGCCCAACCAUGCCCUGAAUAAAUUAAAAACUUUUCCCAGUAUGCCAUAAAUAAAUUGGCAUAACUGGGUGUGAACCUAGUCCCCACCGCAGUACCUCUACUUUGAAGAUAGUAGUCCCCCUCAAACCAGAAGAAAUUAUUAGUUAAAAUAAGAAAAAUCUAAAAUAAAAUCCAUCUGUUCCAGGGGGAAGAUAUUAGAUGACUCUAAAAAAUAUUUAAUAGCCACACAACCUCUACUGUGUUCUUUGCAUGUAUAGAGGCUUGUGACAUCACAAGUAAUUAAUACAAAUUAAUUACUCCAUUUAAAAUCCUUUGAAAUUUGUAAAAGACUUGAGUCUUUUAAAUAAGAUGGACAGGUCUUAACGAUGAAUUGGAAGUGCGUGUCAGCAUAUUUUGAAAGUGUGGACAAAUACCCAAUAGACUAUAGGUCUCCCUGGUGGAUUCUGAAUGUCUUUAUGUAAUUUAGGUAACAUAUAUAUUACCGUUAUUUUAGGAGAAUCUAUAUUUAAAAAGUUGUAUUCUGUCUUAGUUAGGAUACCUGUUAACAAACUUGUAUCUAAAAAUUGGGCGUAUUUUCUUUUAAUCUCUGCAGUUGGAUUACCUUUUAAUUUUUCAUAUGUGUCACGAUCCUCUAACUGUCUAUACAUUUCUUUCAAAUAUUUAUCCUUAUUCAAUAGCACUAUCCCACCACCUUUAUCUGCUGGCUUAAUAACCAAAUUAGGAUCUGUCUUUAUCCUUUAGUGAUUGUUUUUCUCUAAUUGUUAAAUUAUAGGUGUAUUUAUCGUUUUUUUAUUUUCAUCUGUUUAAUAUCUUUAACACAGGCUUUCUCAAAAACGUUCAUGCUAUUUGAUGUAAGGUGUAUGGGAUAAAAGGAAGAGGUUUUUUUCAAACUGCAUGUUUAAAAGGUGUUUCAUUAAAAGUAGUCUCUCUUGAUAUCUCAAUUUCUUUAUCUUUAAAAAACGUUGAGGCACAAUUUCCUUAAAAACCUAUUAUCUACAUAUGUGUCAAAUUUAUUAAAAAAACAAGGUGCAAAUUUAAAAUACUAAUAUGUGAUGAAGUUAAAAUGUUAUCUGACAAAUUAAAAAUCUUUAUCUCCUUAUCAUUUUUUCCUCUUUGCCACCAGUUUUCCUUUUCCUCCCCUAUUUCCCCUUCUUCUAUCUCUCUCUGUACAUCCUUUUUUGGGAGUAACCCAUCCUGGUCGGGAGCUUCUUCUGUUUCCUUCCUAAAAAAGGCAUUAAAAAAAGGUGGUAUUACAGACUUAAGGUGUAUCCCAUACACCCUAAAACAAGGCUUAUCUCUUGCCAUAAUAAGUUAGUACCGCAACCCAGAAGCCCACAAUACAUGUUUAACAUUUAUACACUAGCCACUUUCCUUUCCAUCCAGUUAGCCCAAUGUGUCUUACGUUUGCCUACCCCAUUCUGUGUUGUUGUUUUUUACUUAAUUGCAAUAAUUAAAAGUAAACUCAGUUUAAGUACUAUGUUAUCAAAAGUAUUCUUAUGCAAUAUUGUAGGUAUCUUGUGUUUAAUUAACAAUGCAUUUAUUAAACCAAUGAAACCACAUAUAACCCAGAUCAGAGAAUGGUGUCAAAGCUUCAGAGGCAAUUUCUUGCUUAGUUAUAGGAAAAGUGUAGAAAACAUUGUAAUAGAAAUAUUUCCACCUUGGCAGUAAUGGCAAACAUAUUCUCCACUGGUUAAUUCACCACCAUAUUGUUUCAAGGACCAUUUCCCUUUGAGAAAUAAUGACAGGAGAAUCAUUAUAAGCGGCUUGUGAGAAUCAUUGUGGCGUACUUAGUAGGAGGAGAUACAGGAACAAAGAGUGUGAAAAGAAUGUGCACUAGAGAAAGUUCUACUUCCUUUUUUGAGCCCUAAAAACUGAAAACCAUCAUUAUUGCACUACUGUGCAAAAAAUGUGCACGUUGAAAAUAGUGUUAAAAAAUGGCAGAUUUAAGCGCCCGAGAACUGGGACCAGAAGCCAAUGGCUUGUUAUUUGGGGACUCUUUCAUGAGAGAUCUGUCCAAACGUGCAGCGGUAUUUACUACCUUAAAAUUACUGCGUACUUUUAAUAUGUGGUCAGCCAGAGGACUAUAAUUUUUAUAAUUUGUGAGCACACUUGAACAGUUUAUGGUAUUUACUAACAAUUCACAACAGUACUUGAUUAGUUAAAUUACUAUUAAUGCUAAACACAAUAAAAGUCAUCAUUAUGUGUCAAUAUCUUGUUAUUUCUUCCAUUUUAAUAGUUUCACUGCGCUGUGUUCGCAUUAUUUCUGCUAUCUGUUUGUGUACACAGUGCGAACACAGUGCCUGCAGAAACCACUGGAGACUCACAGGAAUCACUGCAAAAACGACUGGACAAGCUCUUUCGCGCCUUCUGGCUGAAGCUUGAACACAGACAGGCUGGAAUUGCAGAGGAGAGUAGAGAGGAAGGAGCACAGAGGCACCAGCCUAAUGAAGCUCAGCACUCCACAGCCUGCUCAGCGCGGAGACCAUCCCUGACACUCUGCCAUGGAAAGCCUCUUAGGAGGAAAGCCUGCCAAACCAUGGUCCAUCCACGUCCUGAGAGGCACAGCACCCGCUCCUGCAUGCCCAAGCUGAGGGCUAAACGGAAGACACCAUGGAAUCUUAUUACACGACGCCGACGGGAACAACGUCACUUUCACGCCAUGCAUACUGCCAUCCGGGACAUCACUCGCAGAGCCAAGCGGGCCGGAGUAUUGGGAACUGCAAACGUGCCCUCGCAGAGACCUGGGGCCAGCGGUGUGACCUGUUCUGGACUGCCGGGACUCAAACUCUGUAUGAAACUAUGGUGUUCAGCAUGGGCAUUGGAUGACGGUAGGGAACUUUAGUGGGGUGGGGGGCGCUGCAGACCAGGCUCCCCUUAACUAUAGCCCACCCCAUAAGCUUAUAUAGCUAUGUAAGGAGUUCCCUGUCAUUAGCAAGCUACUGCCUAGCAGAUUCAGCCUACUGCUGCAUAAUACAUGCCCACCUCUCUUAUCGUCCCUGUGCACAACGAAUUAGAUUAGCCUGGUACCCGUAGCAUACAACACCCACCAAGUCUUGUGUUACCUGUAAGUUAGACCAUCCUGCUGGCACCUCAAAUCUAGACAUGUUAGCCUGAUUCUCUUCUGUUAAGCAUGUUCCUAUAUUAACUAAUUUAUGUCUCUCUAUACUAAAAAGUGCAGUGCAUAGUUAUUCUAUGUCAAGUAAUGCUACUCUUAUGUGUAUUAAUCUUGCAUAUAUUCAUGACACAAUUGUAUGAAUCACAAUGCACACAAAAAUAAAGAAUUAAAAAAAAAGAAAGGCUAAACUUCCAUUAUAAAUGGUAAGCACACACCACAGAGUACUGCUGUGCUAUAAUUUGUCUUUCCCUUCUUCCGAUACAGCUGACUCAGUGAUUAUAAGUGAUGGCUGUCUAGCUAAACUGUUGAGAGCAGCUGAGCAUGUGUAGAAGUUAGGUCAUUUGUGAAAUCUGUCCAGUUUGAGACGAGCUCCUACAUGCUCAGUAUGCCCCUAGAGGUGGUUUUUGAGGUGCAUCUUUUAUUUCCAGAUGUGCAUCUGAAUUGGAUGCCCACUGUAUAAUAGUUUUCAUUUCUCCUGACUAUACUUUAUGUGGUUUUUCCUUCCACAUUACCUCCACAUGUUCAACCAAGUAAAAGUAAUAAAUGACAAUUGUAGAUUAUGCUAGCUUUAGUGUACAUGUAAUCUUAAUUUUAUUGGGGGCGUGGCUUGGACUCCGUGCUGAGUGGCUGCCUAAGACAAGAGCUCCGCUCCAUCUCACCCCUGUAUAGCACCACUACCUGUCAAAAUCAGCCAAAUGGGUUGCACACGCCGCACGGAACCAUCCCAGACCCGAGGAGCAGUCCAUCAGGGUCCAACACAGGCCUCAUGGAUGACAUGGACGAGUAUUUGUCUGCCCCGGCCGGAGCCAGCAACAAGGCAGGCAGCCCUAACAUGGCGCCACUAUCACCUUCCUCCCCAGUGGGCUCUGAGCGCUCAGAACGAUCCACUCUGGACAGGAUUGGGGAGGACCUUCAUAACAUGGCAUCCACCAAGCAGGAUCUGCAGAAACUUACCUCCAUGAUUCACGAAUUGAUCAAUUCAGAGAUGGCACACCUAAGAGCUGAGGUGACCACGCAGGAUGGCCGCUUGCAGACCCUGGAGGCAUCCACGGCAGAGCUAACAUCCCGCUCCACAGCAACAGACAUAGUAGUGGCAAGGUAG